GAUUCGUUUCAUAAAUUUUUUUCUUCUCCCGUGGAUAAAAAUAUGGCGGAAUACUGGGCAGAGGGAUAAAGGGGAGGGGAGAGAAGUCGAUGGUGGACAUUAAAGCUACAAAAGAACACAAUUUGGCUUUAUAAACGCUCGUACGCGUUAAUAACAGCGCCGUCGUUGUGCUUUCGACCUCUAAAUCAGGACACUUCCAUACCAAAAACCAGCCGAAAUCAACACCGCGACAACCGGUAGCCAUGGCUACGUUCCAAACCGCAUACUACCGUACUAAACAGUAUGGAGCAAAUCAAACGCCUUUAUAGCUGACGCACUAGUUUAGCAUACUACUUAGUAGGUUAGGAUGCGGUUUGGGUUUCGGCCGUGGCUUUUAUUUGAGUAAGAGCUUCAGUACAGACGCGGGGGGACAAAAUUGGGCGCAAAACAAAACAAAACAAGCUUAGAACCGGAGACCUGGCAAAUAAAAGCGACGAGUCUGGUGAAAUGGGUUCCGAGCCGCCGUCGUCUCCUCAGCUGGUGGACGAAGGAGUGGACGAGGAUGACGAAGAGCUGAGCGGAGGAGAGGAGGUCGAGCUCCGAGUGUCGUCCGGGCGAGGAUCGGUGCUGACACGGAGAGGAAUCACGCUACGCGUGCUGCUUAAGGACGGCCUGGUGGAGCCGGGAGACGCCGUGCUGUCCAUACACUACCUGGGGAAGAACUUUGUGGGUGACCUGCUGACCGAUGGGAAGAUCCGCUGGGUGGAAACCGGGCAGGUCUUUAACUCCCCGAGCGCCUGGGCCACACACUGCAAGCGCCUGGUGAAUCCUGCCAAGAAGUCGGGCUGCGGCUGGGCGUCGGUGCGCUACCGCGGGCAGAAACUGGCCCAGUACAAAACCAGCUGGCUGCGUAAAUACCAGCCCAGUGCUGACAUGAGCCUGGCCAGCGAGGGAGAGGACGAUGAGAUGCUAGACGACGAAGAAGACGAGGGGAAGACGACUAUUCCAGACGAAAGAAACAGGAAGUCCAGACCAGAGCUCCACGAUGUCAGUGUGGUGCACAGGAGAGGAGACAGAGAGAGAAUCCCCGUCAGAUACUGCACACUGGGAACCAGAGACAUCGCCAGAGAUCCUCACACGCUGGUGGAGCUGUCGGCUUUCUCCGCCAUCAACCGCUUCCAGCCGUUUAACGUCGCCGUCUCCAGCAACGUCCUGCUGCUCAUGGACUUUCACUGUCACUUGACUACGAGCGAGGUGGUGGGUUACCUCGGAGGCCGAUGGGACACUACGACACAGCUGCUGACGGUCUUGCGAGCGUUCCCGUGUCGCACGCGAUUGGCUGACAGGGAUGCCGCACCCGCCGUGGAGGAAGAGAUUUGUCAGAACCUGUUCAUGAGAGGGCUCUCAUUGGUGGGCUGGUACCACAGUCACCCUCGAGGCCCCGCCCUCCCGUCGCUGCAGGACAUCGAUUCGCAGAUGGACCACCAGCUCCGCCUCCAGGGCAGCAGCAACGGCUUCCAGCCCUGCCUGGGCAUCAUCUGUGGACCUUAUUACCAUGGCAACCAAGGUGUGGCGUCGACCAUCACUCCGUUCUGGGUGGUUCCUCCUCCAGAACAAAGGCCGAAUGAUUACGGUAUCCCAGUGGCAGUGGAAGUCACGUACGUGCAAGACAACUUCCUCACUACAGACGUCCUCAAUGAAAUGAUGAUGCUGGUGGAGUUUUAUCGAGCUGCUCCAGACCUGGUCAAUUUUAAUCAGAUGUGGUGUUCUGACACAUCAAUACUGGAGAAAAUGAAGGCAUCCCUGAGUGGCCACGCCCCCAAAGACCAGGCCUACUCUCAAAUCCUGGAGCACGUCUACAACCAGCUGCGCAACAUGCAGUGAUGGAAACAUCGUCUCUGUCUUCUCACUGUGGAUCUGUGUGUGGGAUCAAAGAACAUCCCACUUUGAUCUGACACACACACACACACACGCGCGCGCGCGCACCGACGCACUGAGGAACUGAGUGCUUCUGCAUCAUCAUGGCUGGCUCCUUCAUUACAGACAUGAAUAUGUCUUCCAUUUCUGUAGACAGAAUAGCGUGAAUAGGUUAGAAUAGGAAAAAAAGUGUUCUUUCAUAUUUAUCCAGUUGGCACGCACACACACACACACACACACACACACACACACACAGCCAGGAUGCGCAGUUUACCUCUCAACGAUGUCACACGCAGCUAGUUUACUCAUUGGGAAAAUGCAGCAUCAUACCCUUUUGGUAAAUUGUUAACUUCUGCGCUUAAUAUACCUCAUUUUAUGGCUCAAGCUCCGUUUCCCGGUUCAAUCCUGCGUGGACUUUCACAUGGCCUCCCCUUGUCAGCGUGGGUUUCCUCCGGGUUCUCCGGUUUCCUCCCGCUCCCAAAAAAAAAAGAACAGGUGGAUUUCCGACUCUAAAUUGCAACUAGAUGUGAACGAGCGCGGGAAUAUAUCCGUGUGCAUGGUGCCCUGAUGUACUGGGGUCCCAUUCGGGGUGUAUUCCUGCUUCGUACGCACUUCGGCUCACCGGGAUAAUAACAUAGGAAGGGGAGAGAGAUUUAAUAAAAUCCUCACGUACAUUACACUCAACACGCCUGGAUAUCUUCAGGAUCGUUGAGAAGUAAACCGCACCCUGCGCUGGAAAAGAAGACCUACUGAAUAUGCUAAAUAUACACUGGAGCUCUUAUCGGCGAGUUAUAUGAGCCGGAAUUCUCCUCGCUCCCGUUGUUUAGAAAGGAAAACAGACGGACGUUACCCGUCUGUCAGUUUUCCUUUCUAAACAACGGGAGCGACGGGAAUUCCGUCUCAUUUAACUCGCCGAUAAGAGUCGACUCUUUCGGUUCCCGAGUUUGUUCUAAAACCAGACGGACACGAGAACCGUAUUUUUCAAGUAAGCUGUAACGCGGAAGACGCAAGUCACGCGUUUCAGUGCUGUCUUUUUCAAAUGAAGGGAAACGACAUCGAAGCGGGUCAGUCCUGGACGUUCACCCAGAAGAGUCAAGUCAAAAACGACACACUAAUUAGAACAGAGAGAGAGAGAGAGAAACGUUUCUAAAUAAUAAAACACUACAAAAGGGCAUGUGACGAUAAAGAAAUCGCCAGAUCCGUUCAGUCAUCAUCAUCGAAUUUUGUGUAGCACCACUAGUCCUCCUGUUACCGUGGAAGAGUAACAGAGUCCAGACGUAAAAUCAGAAACAAAGGAGACGGCAGUUAUCGUAUUUAUGAGACCGUGUGUAGAAAAAUGGCCUCCUGUACCCUGUUAAAAAUAAAAGUACCAAACUACUUUUCCUUUUGUA